AGCGGAUACUACUUAGACGGUGCAGUAAAUACCUCACCCUGUGGUUCUUUGCCCCUUCUUCUCCAGAGCACUGACUUUGAAUUGUAUAGACUCAUCGUCGCGUCCAUGUGGUGCCGCCAAUUAGUCCCCUUCCUCGCCCUCCUGUCCCCUGCACUGGCGGGCGUACAGGAGCUUUGGUGGAACGUCACCUACGUUCAAAACGCAAACCCAGACGGUCUCUUCGAACGCCGUGUCAUUGGCGUCAACGGAACAUGGCCGCCUCCACCGAUUGAGGUGUCUACGACAGAUUCAUUGCUCGUGCAUGUAACGAAUAGCGUCGAUACACCUGCGACGCUACACCACCAUGGCAUGACCUUUAACUCAACAUCCUGGAUGGAUGGAGCAAUGGGGGUUUCGCAAUGUGGUAUACCCAUGGGCCAGACGUUUGACUAUGUAGUACCCAUCAAUACCUCCGGCCAAGUUGGAACAUACUGGGCCCAUGGUCACGCAAAAGGAAUAUAUGUGGAUGGUCUGCGCACGCCUCUCUUGCUGCAUUCUUCAAAUGAAACUUAUGGCGCGGAUUAUGAUGCCGAGUACACUAUUUUGCUGAGUGACUGGUAUCAUCAAGAACAACCUGUUCUCUUGGAAUCCUUCAUCAGCAUAGCAAAUCCAGGCGGGGCAGAACCUAUUCCUGAUUCUGCUCUCGUAUAUUUCUCCACAAAUGGUUCCUACCUCCCACCGAUCACAGGGAGUCACCCAUCCCCAGUAACAAGCGCGGUGGGUUUCAACGAGAACGCGACUCUUCCGUUCGAGCCUGGUAAAACGUACAGAUUGCGCAUAAUAAACAUGGGCGCAUUUGCAGGGUUCUACUUCUGGAUCGACGGGCAUGAAAUGCGAAUUAUCGAAGCUGACGGUACGGAUACACAAGAGCAGCCCGCUGAUGUGCUGAAUUUGGCAGUGGCGCAACGUUAUUCUGUGCUUGUCACCGCGAGGAACGAUACGUCGUCGAACUGGGCCAUCCAUGCGAACAUGGAUACGAGCAUGUUUGACAGGGUUCCAAGUACUCUAAAUCCUAAUAUUACCUCCACCAUCACGUACUCCGCCUCCUCUAGCGUCACCAAUCUAACCACCGUGUCCUCCUAUAACUUGGUAAACGAUACCUCUCUGGUUCCCGUCGUUGUUAUACCUGCACCCAACCCAACGAGUACCCUUGAUCUUGUGUUCAACUUCGAGACGAUGAACGAUGGGACAAAUCAUGCGUUCAUAAACAAUUUGGUUUAUAAUCCGCCAUUGGUACCCGCGAUCAUAAGCGCACUGACCCUGGGCGAUAAUGCCACCAGCCAAGUGGCAUACGGGCCGUACAGUUUUGUGUACAACUACGGAGACGUGAUCGACAUGGUGGUGAUGAACGCCGAUACAGGAAAACAUCCCUUCCAUUUGCACGGAUACAAGAUGCAGAUUGUCAAUACAGCAACAGAUUAUUCCUCCGACGAUCCGUCCUUGAACCCACCGCUUGUCGAAGGACAAGCAAACCCGAUGCGUCGUGACACCGUAAUGAUCCCUGGCGGAGGCUCCGUCACGCUCCGCGUCGUCGCUGAUAACCCCGGCGCAUGGUUUUUCCACUGUCACAUCGAAUGGCACCUCGAAUCGGGCCUUGCGGUCCAGUUCAUAAUAGCUCCGCUUCAGAUACAGGAACAGGCACAAGGCCGCGUGCCGUCGUUCCUGUACGAACAGUGUGCUACGCUUGGGUCUCCCUCGGCCGGUAAUGCUGCAGGACACGCGAGCCCGACUGACUUAUCGGGUCUCCCGCUUGGUCCGUGGUUCCAGAAGCUCGGUUGGCUUGCUAAAGGCAUCUGGGCGAUGACUGGAUGCGUGUUGACCGCCUUCCUUGGCAUGCUCACUGUUACGUGGUAUGCGACUAUGGGGGGUGUUAUUACUGAAGAGGAGAUAGAGGAGGCGGUGCGUAAGCGUAUCGAGGAAAAGGAACGUAAAGGAAAGUUCUUUGGUUUGUUUAAGAAAAAGAAUUAGUUAUCUGUACCCAUUUGUUUCGUGCUGAUCUAGUCGGUCGCUCUGGCUAUAUCCUUUUGUGGAGUUAGUUUCUGUCGAUGAUCGUGACCGCUUUGAUAGAUAAGAUUUUGUCGGAUGUAGAUGAGUGAACUACCGAGUCGCCCCUACUGCUGUUAUUUCUCUUGGUGAAAACUUGGCUGUUCUUAGGUCCUAUGAUAGGACCCCAGUAAACCAAGCCCUCGUGCGUCCCAUCGUGCCUUUAAAUCCACGCCUGUCGUCCCUGUUAGGAUUUUUGACAUAUCAUCAUCACUUCACAGCU